AUGUCUGAUUACCUUCCACUCGAAAUCCAAGAGGAAAUAAUGAAAAGGCUUCCUGUGAAAUCGUUGAUUCAAUUCCGCUCGGUCUCCAAACCAUGGAUGUCUCUCAUCGAUAGCCCUGAUUUUAUUAAGCAUUAUAGCGGACACCAACAUCUACUUGUAAGGUAUGACCGUGAUUAUCUUUAUGAUGAGCCAGAAUAUGUUUCAUUCGUUGACGAUGAUACUUUCCCGAGACAGAAAGUUUCUCCCACUAUUCCCUUACUAGUUAGCAGGCUUGAGCUUUCUAGCAUAAUUAGCAGCUCUCAUGGCUUAUUGUGUUUGUUCGGUUAUUAUGAUCGUGAUGAAAUGGCUGUUCUUUGGAAUGUUUCACUUAGAAAAGCUGUUGCCAUUGAUGUGCCUAAUGUUGCAUAUCAGAAAUAUAGAACAAUUCUAGGUUUUGGGGUUUGUGAUGAGACUUGUGAUCCUAAGAUCGUCAAGAUUAUAUAUAUUAAUAGUCAGAGGGAUAUUGAAAGUACAUCCGAUAGCAUCCCUUGGCAAGUUGAGGUGUUUACAUUAAGCACCAGGGCUUGGAGAAGUCCAUAUAGCAGCAAUCUCCCACGUAAAUCAAUUGAAUUUCGCUUGGAGCAGGUAUUUGUUGAUCAGUUUCUUUACUGGUGUGCUACUGAUAGGGUUACUAUAGAUGGUGGAAUUCAGUCUUACAAUGUGAUUAUUUCAUUUGAUAUAACAAGUGAAAAAUUUAGAGAAAUCAACCUCCCGGAUGCUUUAGCACACCACCAACCUUAUAAGUUGUCCAUAUCUAAACUAAAGGAGUCUCUUGUUGUGGUUCAAAGCUGUGGAGAGAUCAAUGAUGGUGUUUUCCGUGUAUGGAUGAUGGAGGAUGGCGUUCCAAAAUCGUUUACAAAGAUAUUCACUGUUUGCACACCAGGUACAAAAGUUCUAUCAGUACCGGAAUUUAGAAAGAGUGGUGAACCUAUAAUUCAAACUGUAGAUGAUUCUUGUGGCGCACAUGAAUAUGUUACUUCACUUUCUGUUUGUGAACCCCGCUCAAAACUCAUCAGUGAUCUUGGUAUUAGUGGAUGGUUGUGUUCGUUUUCUGUGUAUUCUUACAUGGAAACAUUACUUCUGCUUGAUCAACCAGAUCUUACAACUAAUGACAUUUGA